AUGGAAGCCUUUACUCGGUGUGGUCCUGCUCAUCCAGUCAUCAACACCAACCCGGCUCUCGAAUCAUACUACCAAUCGCUGGAAAGUAGGAUCGGUUACAAACUAGUUCUAGGCGGGUCCAGGCAUUAUGAGUUUUACGAAAAUGGCCAAUCGUUCCCAUUCCCAAUCGGCCGCGCCCUGCGACGUAUGGAACAGAAGCUAUUUGAGGCUUUACAACUACCUGAAGGCUCCAGAGUAAUUGACGCUGGCUGUGGAGUUGCACACGUCGCCAGUUACAUGGGAAAAAAGGGUCUUCAUAUCACCGCAUUCGACGUCAUCGACCACCACGUGUCUAAAGCGCGGCGCAACAUUACGAAGGCCAGGCUUCCCGAAGGGCAGCUCACCGUCCAGAGGAUGGACUAUCACCACAUAGAAACCAUCCCGUCUGCGUCUCACGAUAGACUCUACACGAUAGAGACCUUUUUGCACUCCACGGACCCAGAGGCGGUGCUAGCGGGCGUCUAUCGCGUCCUCAAGCCGGGUGGGCGCAUAGCGCUGUUCGAGUACAAACACGAUUUGGAUGAUCCCGAUGCGCCGCCUGGCAGCCUCGCGAGCGAUUUGAAAGAAGUCAACAAAUGGGCGGCCAUGCCAACAUGUCAGCGGUCCAAUACGGGCUUGUUUGAGGAUAUAAUUCGGGAGGCAGGCUUCGAAAACGUUGAGGUGCGCGACUAUUCGGAAUAUAUACGACCCAUGCUCCGGCUAUUUUACUACAUGGCUAUUAUGCCUUACUUUUUUGUAAGGCUGUUUGGCUUGCAAAGGUUUUUUAUCAACACUAUGGCUGGUGCUAGGGGUUUCGUAGGCCUGGGAGCCUGGAGAUACGUCGCGAUCACGGCCACGAAGCCUGAUGGUGAAAUCGAGGGCUCCAAGAUGAAGUAA